UCGACAAUAUAAAGUUCCGCAGUGGCUCCUGACUGAUGAUCCUUCAGUCCCGCUCCGCCGCUGAGCCAUCUACCAACUUUAUCACUAUCUUUUUUGCACCAUCUUUCUUAAAUUCCUCGUCUUUUUACCCACCAACAGAUUUGAUUUAAAAAUGAAGGAGCGCAGAAUGACUCAGCCCUUUGUGUCGCGGUGCAAACUGGUUUUGGUCGGAGAUGUCCAAUGCGGUAAAACUGCGAUGUUACAAGUACUGGCAAAGGACUAUUACCCAGAGACCUAUGUCCCCACAGUGUUUGAGAACUACACCGCCUGUUUAGACGUGGAGGAGCAAAGAGUGGAGCUCAGUCUCUGGGACACAUCAGGUGAGUUUUGUCCUCCUCCAUCUUUUCUAAUAUUUGCAAUUGUUUGCUUUUACAUGACCUUUAAAAUACGUCCAUCUUAUAAUGGAUAGAAAGUACCUAAGUCUUCUUGCAGCACCUUUCUUGUU